AUGUUUUAUAUCAAUAUCCACCGAAUUGAUCAAACAAAGCAUUCCAGAUGGCAGGUUGACGAUGUGUUAAACGAGAAGAGGAAUACUCUUGAUAAAAUCCUGGAACUUUUGCGCGCUAUUGUUGUAGAGUUCUUGACCAAGAAUAAUUUCCGACCUAAAUUAGCACGCGGAGAUCGUGCCAAACAGAAUGCAACCACUGCUUCAUCGGCCAAUCUAGAAAAUGAAGCGCAAAAUGGACCUUGCAACAACUGCGAAUCCUACCGAGCUAUUAGAACAUGCUCACCCACGUUGGAGCCUUCGAGUCAUGAUCACGGAAAACACAGUCAAAAAAGAGCAAAAAUUGAUAUGCUGGGAACGAAUGUAAAAAUUCCUUCUUUCCAUCAGUCGCGUUCGGGAUUUGAGUCCCCAUUUGAUUCCUGGUCAAAAAUCAAAGCCGGUACUAAACAUACACAUGAAACCGCUGCAGAUACGACACAGAAUUCAAAUAACACUUCGCUCGCGCAAACCAGCUCGACCGCAGAGUCUCAACCGAUGACACCUCUAAUUUCAAAGGCGGGAAAACUGGCUCGACGUCCUUUUGAAGAUACUCAGGCACCAAUUUCCAAAUCUCAAACAUUCACGGAGAAGGAAGUAGAACCAAACACGAAUGCAGAUGAAUUGGUGAUAUGGAUCAAUCCUAUCAAUAAAGUCAAAUCUCUAGUAAACAAGAGAACUGGUCUUGUGCUAUCUGAAAAGAAAGACCACAGAAACGAUGGAAAACAGCUUAUCUCCAAUCCACCUCGUCGUUUAACCACUGCCAGAAAUAUCCAUACCGGAGGUAAGAAACCAAAUGAAUGGAUAGACGACAUCUUGAAUAGAUGGAAAAAUCCAGUUUUCCCUCCUGUUGAGCCUUCAAUACCUCAAGUAUCGAUCGAUGGUUUUGAUCUGGAGACACAAGAAAUUAUACAUGGCCGCCACCAUCACUGUUCACAGAUUGAAAUCGAAAAGGCAUUCAAGGAAGCUUCAUCAGGGCUUCAUGGACGCAUUUCAAAAGAUGCUCUGCGGAAUGCCGAAAUCGUUUCACAAGUGGACAAGAAGUUCAUUCUAGCUAAUCUUCAAACGACACCUGUGGUUGGUAUCAAAUCAAAUACUCUCCUUGUGAUCGUAGAUCAGCACGCAGCAGACGAACGAGUUCGAAUAGAAGCUCUUUUGUCGGAGUUCCUUACACCACCCACAACUUCAACUAUUCCAGCCUCAACAUCUGUAUCAACAUCCCUCCUCGACAAAACCGUUGAUUUUGAUAUUUCAACAAAAGAUUCUGAACUCUUCCGUACUUACAUAAGCCACUUUUCUUACUGGGGUAUCAUUUAUUCUGUUUCUCCAACGGCUACAACCAUCACCGUUCAAUACCUCCCACCUCUCAUAACCGCCAGGCUUGUCGCAAACCCGAACUUACUCAUUCAUAUUCUUCGUACAGAACUUUACUCAUAUCACGAGCAUCCAACAUCGCAUCCUACGAUAACCCCUGCGUCUACUUGGAUUGAGAGGAUUUCUUACAUCCCUAAGAGUAUACUGGAGUUAUUGAACAGUAGAGCUUGUAGAAGCGCGAUCAUGUUCAAUGAUGAGCUUGGUGUUGAUGAGUGUAAGGAAUUAGUCAAGAGGUUGGCGAAUUGCAAAUUUCCUUUUAUGUGUGCACAUGGGCGAGUGAGUAUGGUACCAUUGGGCGAAGUUGGAAUGAUCUCGAGGGCUGGAGCAAACGGUAAAUGUUCUUUACGAACAGCUGCUAUGUUGGGUACAGAUCACAAUGAAGAGAAGAGAGACGGGUCAUUUGGUGCUGAAUGGAGAAAGUGGAUGAAAAGACGUCCCAACAAGAAAUGA